AGCUUACACCGAAGAAUCAGUCUUAUAACCUGUCCCUUUUGGUGUGACUCUUCUCUCCCGUGUGACGCGAGUGUUCCCUCUACGGUCACCAGCGUCACAAAAUCCUUCCGUAUUACGUAAAUGUCCUUAGUGCUUGGGGAGUAGUCAGAGCCUCAACGUCGUCAACGACGUAUUCAACGACGUCGAGCCUCUUCUUCACGAUAAUUACGACCCUAUCAACGAUUUAGCUCGCUGGUUCAUAUAUCUGGUCCCGGAACCAUUGAUACUCAGAUACCCUGAGUGCAAACUUGUCAUGUGUUUCUAGCUUGGCUUUUCCUUGAAUCUCGUGGAAACCUCUGCGAAAUACAACGAUGGAAGACCUGAACGACCACGUCGCCAAGUCUACGAAGAACGCGCCAGAUGAGGUCCCAGAUAGUUCUCAUAUCUCUACGCCAACUGCUUCGAUUGCUGUGAUAUCCUCUGCACCUGUUGCUUCAAGUUCAAAAGACACCUCGAUUUGCUACAAAGCGACUGAAGCGAUGGACGAAUUCUCGGCUUCGUUGGCUUCGAUGAUGGAUUCUAGAUUGUCUUUGUCGGAUUCAGAUCCUUCUGACCCUCAGAAGGCAUCGAUCGCAGCCGAGACGAAUAACGGCCAGUUUCUCCUUCCCCUCCCUACACCUUCUGUAAAUCGCUCUCGAACGUCAUUCUCUCUUCAAGACACGGAGGAUCGUCUUGUUAGUCUGGACUCUCUACCACCAGAGGUCGCGUCCGCAGAUAUUUCAAUCGCAACUGACGGCAGUUUCGUGGAGACAUCAUCUGGUGCUGCGGCACGAGAGCUCAAACGUCGGUACGAUCAACUGCUAGGCGUUGGCAAGGACGUUCGUUCGCCAUAUGUUAUUACUGCUAUUGUAAACCAAUACGGUAAACAAAUGUAUCGCGUAGGUCACCGUGAUUUAACUACGCCACACGUUGCAGACGAUGUCAAUGUCCCUUCCACGAGAGCAAAGUCGACAUCGUUCUCUACAACCGCGUCUGCACAUCCUCAUCACGCUUCUCACACAUCAAAGCGUCGCUCUCGCAUGAGCGUGCACUCAUUCCUCCCGCCUGUGGUGUUCAAGAACGGGAGUGCUCCCUCUUCUCACGCACCGAAGCCGCAUGUUGAGGAUGGAAGCCGGUCGCCACCAACACGGAAGCUGAGAAAGACUCGUUCGAUACCGAAUAUGUCUGGCGCCGAAGCACCGAAGCCACCUCCAGAGAAACCUUCCACACCUACCGGCCGUCCUCAUGCCCAUAGCGUGUCAAGCGCAGACGCUUAUCGCGGACCUCUUCCACCGCCGCCGGCAACUCCUCACAUACCCAAGACGCCGUAUCACGAUGCCUUCUCCGAGGCCUUGUGGUGGGACUGUGAUCCCCCGUCGCCAUACGGUUCACGUUCUGCAAGAUCCUCUUCACGACCUCCUCACGACCCUGCCAAUGAAUCAAGCCCUGGUGGUGUCCACAACCCAUUUGGACCUGGUGUCACGUUCGAUUCGCCUGCAUGGCCAUCUACCUCGUGCUUGACAUCACCCCCUGUUUUGCGGGAGAUGCAGUCUUUUGACUCUGGAUUGACUGCGCGUGCCGAUCCUCAACCUCGAGGAUCGCGCUUUGGCAAGCUGCGUACUCGUCAAUCGGACGAGUUGUUUCCACAGAUGGAUUCACCAUCGCCUGGACCAAGUCCUAUACAACCAGAACCGCCCCAGUUUACUGCACCGUCUGAAUUCAGUAUGGUAUCGCGCUACUCUACCGAACUCUUUGAUAUCCUGCAGAAUUCACGUGGACUGCCCUCUCUGGACAAGAUAUCACCAAACUCGAACGAAAAGACAAUCAGGCUCUCGCUGAAGGCGGACGAGACCGCCGCGCCUCGCGAUGAUCCUCGCUUUGUCAUUUGGGGAGAACUAGAAGCAGACGAGGUGGACAGCCGCUCAGUUUCUCGCGGUAGCAUCACCGAAUUUUCUUCAGGUCGCUCAGGCGUUUCUCGUCGUAAGAGCGGGAAGAGACACACCGUCGCCAUACCAGACACUCCUGUCGUUCGGGUUCCGUCUAAUGAAAGCCCAAGGAAAGUGUUGAUCGCAGCUACAAUCGAACGGUGGAUCGCACAGUUAACGAGCGAGUUGAAUUAUGAUGAACUCCUAAUAUUCUUCUUGACAUAUCGAACCUAUAUCUCUGCUGUGGAUCUGGGACAUUUGCUGAUCUGCAGAUUCCAUUGGGCUUUGGCUCAACCUACGUCUCCUCAUGAUGAAAUGGUACGGCGAAUCGUUCGCGUUAGGACAUUCAUCGCGAUACGCUAUUGGCUGUUGACCUUCUUCAGCGUUGAUUUCAUGCCUAAUCGAGAAUUACGACUACUGUUCGCGGAUUGGUUGAAUUCUCUGAAGAAGGAUCCCGUGCUCACGAGGCACAAGGAUGCUGUUAGUAUUGUUCGCAAACUACGCAAAGUUGUCCUUGACUGCAAAGACGCUCAUACCAGGAAGCAAAGGGUCGACGGUCGAUCAUCGACGGAUAAGUCAAAGGUCAAUCCCAAUCCCGUCCUUGGAGAUCUUUCAAAUGGGCAUUUCGCCGAAUCCCUCAGAAAGGCCGUUUCCAAGGAGGAAGAUGAAGAGCCUGACAUUGAUCUUGACUUCGAUGGCGCAGGGUCUACAGACCCGCAAGACUUCCGCCUAGGUGCCGCACCGUCGAAGAAUCCUACUACAGCUGUCGAUCUCGCCAUGUUGCGCCAGCCGUUACAUCUCGUCUUCCUACAGCACAAUAAACAGGCAACUCCUACGUCGCCUGUCUCUCCUCCGGUUCUGGGCCCUGGUCCAUUACCAGUCACUCAUAGCACGCUAUCUCGUGUCCUCGUGAGCACGAUGGGUAGACUUGGUCGAUGGAAGCGAGUGCUUCAUUCGCGUUCUCCUGUCCGUGCCCCGAUGGGUACUUCGCUCGACGUCUCAGCAUUCGACGUAGAAGCCAGUGAAUCAGGCGAUCUACUACAAGUGAAGGGAGGUGUUGAACAGUACUUGAAGAUGGUCGAGGAUCAAAUAGCCCAGGCAUCAGCUCUCCUACGCCAACCUACACCUGUCCCACCUCCGCCUCCGCCGGUUCUUCCUCCUGACGUACCUCAAGUUCCACCCGCUGUUGAGAUGAUACCUGAUUUGGCCCAACCAAGUGAUUCUGAUACGUCCGAUGGCAUGGUUGAAGAGCUAGAGCCUGUCACAGAAGCAAGUGAGGAGGACGCAGGUGCUCGUCCUCCCCCGAAGGAUGGAACACCUGAUGCUCUUGACACGCCUGAAUUGUCUCGCACCGACACGUCCUUGGAUUCGUCGGUGCAGUCGGAUUUCCUGACUUCCGACGAGUCCGUGAGCUCUUCUUUAGUUCGUCAUCCGUUGGGACUAGAUGUGGACAUCAUCUCGAUAGACGAUCUUUCGGACUUAUCGUCCGAUGAGCAAGUGGACCCCUCCCGCCCACCUGGUUUGAAGAAACCACUACGUCGGCUUCCCAAUCGUCGCGAUUUUGAGUUCGUUCGCCAUUCAGUUGAUUCAGUCUCCUCUAUGGGAAUUCAAUCCCGGGAUUCCGUCCUGUCUGCGGGCUCAAGCUCCGUUAUCUCAUCAGUAGGUGAAGAAUUGGGAAGCACUAUUCAGCAGUGGCAAGUGACCGCUUUGGUGGAUUCGCUGAGUGAUGAAGAGGAAGAAGGAAAUGUGGAGGCUGCUCUUCGCCGUCUGGAAGGCCAGAUCAGUCAGGAUAAGCAACGCGCUAAGAAGUCCAAGGUAGAUGGGUGGGUGCAGUCUAUGAGAGAACGUCUUGCGGCGGGCCAGUUUGGUACAGCUCGAUCCCGCGAUUCUUCUGAUGAAGAGGAUUAUGGAGAGGUUCAGACUAGUUUGGACAGGCCGUCGAGCCCGAACAGCGUGUCCCAGCGAUCUGCUUACGCGAGUCGACGAAGUUCUGUUAGUUACAUUGGUUCUCCCCUCAGUCAUACGGCACCUGCACUAGACACUGCCACGCAUAACAACGUUCCGCAUCCACAUGUUGUUGCAGGUCCUGACGCCAAGCCCGCGGUGGAAGAUGCUGUCCCGAUGGAAAUCCUACAGAGUCGAGUGCCAUCAAGACCAGGUACAUCUGCGGGAUCGCCGCCGACUCGUCACACGAACGGCCUCAGUAUCACCCAGCCACCUAGCAAAUUCAUCUCAGAGAAGCAUCGUUGGCACCGUUCCUUCGUGACAGAGUUUAGCUCGGAAUUGUUGAUACAACACUUCUCCAUGAUUGAUCGAGAAUUGUUCCUUAGUUUGAAGUUCGAAGAGUUGGUUGCGCAAGACUGGAUGGCACCUAGCGAAGAUACCAAUAUCCUUGAUUGGGCGGAAUUCCUCAGAGAGCGAGCAAGGCUGCGAGCAGAAGGACGCAUCGGUCAGAAGACGACUGCCUUGACGCUAGUUCGGGGACGAUUUAACCUUGUUGCCAACUUCGUACAAUCGGAGAUUGUUUUGACGCAUCCAAGCCAAAGGGCGACGGUGUACGGCAAAUUUGUACGCAUGGCAUGGAAAUCUUACCUCUUGAUGAAUUUCAAUAUGCUCGUGGCCAUCAUAGCUGGAUUACGCGGUGAGUGGGUAAGGAAAGCCAUGAAACAAGGUCCAAACCGUCUGGGCAUCUGGGAAACUCGAAUGCUGCAGGACUUGAUCGUUUGGACAACCUCGGAGGGACAUUUCAAGCAUAUACGACAUACUGUGGACGCACUCGCUGAAGCUAAGACUAUAUCCGGGUAUCAGGACUGUUCAAAUUCUAGUACGGAUGGGCAAUCGUCUUCCAGGAGUAGAGCGACAUCAGACGGGAAGCCUCCACCUCCAUCAGCGUGUGUUCCAUUUUUGGGUAUGUCUUUUAUCGAUCAUCUUGUUUGGAUAUAUUCUGACUUGUAUUCAGGCAUCUAUCUCUCUUACCUACGCCAGUAUAACGCUCUGCCUGAUCUGAUUGAUCCAACAGCUCCCAAUGAGCCCGUGGCAAUCAACUCGAUAACCAAUACCUUCGAAUCUCCAGCACAUCCUGAAGUCUUUUCCAGUCUAGCUCCUCUUCCACCAUCGGUUCAGCUAGAACCUUUGAUUAAUGUACACAAGCAACGUCUUAUCGCCGACGUUAUCAAGUCGCUUACUGCUGGACAACACUUGGCGUCGCGUGUACAGUUUGCUCUUGACAAGAAGCUGUUCCAGAAGUGUCUGAAGCUGCGCGGACUUGACUCAGAUACCUUACAACGGGCGCUCGCUCUCUAUCCUGAGAGACCUUAAAUGGUUUAUUUGUUCCAUGAUUUCAUGUAUAUGUGUCUCCUGCUCCUUUUCGGGUUCUGGCUUGUUCAUGGGGUGUAGAAGUUUGUUCUUGUAGGUUAUUCAUGUCGUCUUGGCUUGCUACAGUGGGGCUCUGUGAAACUUGAAUAGACUUAACAUCACUAUGUGUAACUGGAAUUUCUACCAUUGAGUCGGGUGAUAAAAAGUUGGGAGCCAUAUAUACAAUAGCAAUAAGUGACCGGGCUCAUUGCAUUGAAUGGCAGGCAUGCUCGUUUCCCCGCCUGGGCAGAGCGGUAAGUAUUCGCGUUGAUAUCCAAAGGAUGGAUGUUCUGGCGUACCAUUGCCAUGUAAAA